AUGGCUGGCGAACCGCUGCGUUUCCUCAUCUGGGGCGGCAACGGCUGGAUAGCCGGCCAGCUCAAGACGCUGCUCGAGCAGCAGGGCAAGACGGUGUCCGCCACGACGGUGCGCAUGGAGGACAGCGCCGAGGUGCUCCGGGAGCUGCAGGCCGUGCGGCCGUCGCGGGUGCUCAUCAGCGCCGGCUGCACCGGGCGGCCCAACGUCGACUGGUGCGAGGACCACAAGGCCGACACGGUCCGGUCCAACGUCAUCGGCACGCUCAACCUCGUCGACCACUGCUUCCGGCUGGGCAUCCACUGCACCCUCUUCGCCACGGGCUGCAUCUACGCCUACGACGACGCCCAUCCCAUCGGCGGGCCGGGCUUCACCGAGCAGGACGCGCCCAACUUUUUCAGCAGCUUCUACUCCAUGACCAAGGCCCACGUCGAGCCGGUCCUGAGCUCCUACCCCAACUGCCUCAUCCUGCGGCUGCGCAUGCCCGUCAGCGACGACCUGCACCCGCGCAACUUCGUCACCAAGAUCGCCUCGUACAAGCACGUCGUCGACAUCCCCAACAGCAACACCAUCCUGCACGACCUGCUGCCCGCGUCUAUCCUGCUGGCCGAGCACGCCGACGUCGGCGUCUACAACUUCACCAACCCGGGCGCCAUCUCGCACAACGAGGUGCUGCGCCUGUUCAAGGAGAUUGUCCGCCCGGCCUUUACCUGGUCCAACUUUAGCCUCGAGGAGCAGGCCAAGGUGAUCAAGGCGGGCCGCAGCAACUGCGAGCUGGACUCGACCAAGCUGGUCAACAAGCUCAAGGAGUACGGCUACAGCGUGCCCGAGGUCAAGGAGGCGUACCGGGCGUGCUUUACGCGCAUGAAGGCCGCGGGCGUUGAGUAG